AUGAACUCGCUCGUCGCGACCAUCCGCACAGCAGCGCGCCUGCAGCCUGCCCGAGCAUUUUGCGCACCGGCACACACGUUAUCUCGGGCGUACUCGACCCCCGUCACCUCUCCCGACCCCUCCUCAUCCUCCUCUCCCUCGCCCUCACCAUCUGCCGACUCGGCACAUGCUCGCCUCGACGGUGUCAUCCAGCAAGUGAAGGAGGCAGCACGGGAGCGGAAUCACCUGCGACCAGGUGUCCGCGGGAGCCAGAACAGCUCCGCCUUCCCUCGCCAGCCCAUCUCCUCCCCCUUUGGCCGUCGCACCCCCAGCUACGCUAGCCGAGGACCCGCCUACGACGCCGCCCAAGUCGAUUUCGGCUACAUGAGCUCGUCGCCUUCGCCCAAGUCGGUCCAGGUCCGCCCCUCGACGCCGGACGAGAUCUGGCGCCUCGCGACUCCCGUUCAGUACUCCCCGCCUACGACGACCAACUCUGCCCGGUCCGUUCCAGUCAGGGACGGCGACGUCGCUCGCGCGUACAGGCUGCUCAACAAGACGCUGAACGAGAACCAGGUUCGGCAGAGGUUGAGGCAGCGCGAUCGGUAUGAGCGGCCGAGUGACAAGCGGGUCAGGACCAACAGCGAGAGGCACAGGCGCAAGUUCAAGAUUGCGGUGGGCAAGGCGGUCGCGGCGGCGAUGCGGUACAAGGAACUGUAG